AUGACUCAAACAAUCACUUUCGUUACAGGAAACAAAAACAAGCUUCGCGAAGCUCAAGAAAUCCUUGGAGUCAAGCUUGUCAACUUAGAAAUCGACAUUCCAGAACUCCAAUUGUUUACAUCUGAAGAAGUCGCAUUAUACAAGGCAAAAGAAGCCGCUAAAAUUGUUGGUGGACCAGUUAUUGUCGAUGAUACAGCCCUCCACUUCAAUGCUAUUGCUGGAUUGCCAGGCGCUUACAUUCGCGCUUUUGUAACACGUCUUCGCCCAUUCGAAAUCGCUAGACUCCUUGACAGUUACGAAGAUAAGUCAGCCUACGUCACCUGCAGCAUUGGGUUCUGCGCAGGACCAAAUGAUGAAGUUAAAGUUAUUACUGGUCGUGUCAAUGGCAAAAUUGUCCAUCCACGCGGAGAAGGUGGCUUUGGAUUCGAUCCAAUUUUCCAACCAGAUGGUUACGAUAAGACUUACGCAGAGCUUUCUGAAGAAGAUAAGAAUAAUUGCUCCCACAGAGGAAAUGCUCUUCGCCAAUUUAAGGAAUCCGGAAUUCUUAAUAAGUACUCACUUUAA